CGCUCAAUCAAUACGAUUGAUUGAUUGGGGGACCGGAUCCGCUCCUUGUACGUUCAGUGUGUGUCCCUCACCCCGGCCCGUGUCACGCGUGUGCUCAACCGGAGCGCUUCAUUUCUUCACAUUCCAGCCCCGCCGCCGAACGCGUCCGUUCCGUGCCCUCCCUAAGCGACUUCCCGCGGCCCAUUUUCAGUCGAAAGCUCCUGUUUUGGGUGUAUUUCUUUGCAGUAGUUGGUUUCAGGCGCUGAUGUCCCCGAUGCCUCCGGGAUGGCCGCAGCCGUGAGCCCUGUAGCCAGAGCCCCCGGGAGAGCCUGUGGAUCGUGGACACAGCUCAAGGGACUGCUGCGCUGCCUUCGCAGGCCGCCCAUGGCGGAGGGCCCGAAAUCCCCUCCCGCUGGGGGAGACGAGCCGGAGGGGAGAAUUCGGAGCGCGGGAGGAGGAGGAGGAGAGACCCCGGAGGAGACUGGUCAUCGCGCCAAAAGGUUCAAGUGCAGCCACAGAGAGGAAGGAGAGCAAAAUAAAAAACUCCCCAAGAGGAAAAUUGUGCUGCUGAUGGCGUAUUCUGGGAAAGGUUACUAUGGAAUGCAGAGGCACGUUGGCUCGUCUCAAUUCAAGACCAUAGAAGAUGAUUUGGUGUCUGCCCUCGUGCAGUCUGGCUGCAUUCCAGAAAAUCAUGGUGACGACAUGAAAAAAAUGUCUUUUCAGAGAUGCGCGAGAACAGACAAGGGUGUGUCUGCAGCGGGUCAGAUCGUGUCUUUGAAAGUGUGGCUGAUAGACAACAUCUUGGAAAAGAUCAAUAGUCACCUUCCCUCACAAAUCCGAAUUCUCGGCCUGAAGAGAGUGACCGGAGGAUUCAACUCCAAGAAUAACUGCACCGCCAGAACUUACUUUUAUAUGCUGCCAACAGUUGCCUUCGCCCAUAAGGACCUUGACCCCCAAGACGAGACUUUCCGCCUGAGCCCGGCGGUCCUGGAGAGGGUCAACGGGCUCCUGGCGGGCUACAAGGGGACCCACCACUUCCACAACUUCACCUCCCAGAAGGGCCCGAAAGAUGCCAGCGGCAUGCGCUACAUCAUGGAGAUGUACUGCGAGGAGCCGUUCGUGCGGGAAGGCCUGGAGUUCGCCGUGAUCCGGGUGAAAGGCCAGAGCUUCAUGAUGCACCAGAUAAGGAAGAUGAUCGGCCUGGUGAUCGCCAUCGUGAAAGGCUACGCGGACCAGUCGCUCAUGGAGCGGAGCUGGGGGGAGGAGAAGGUGGACAUUCCCAAAGCGCCGGGGCUGGGCCUGGUCCUCGAGAGAGUCCACUUUGAAAGUUACAACAGGCGGUUUGGGAACGAUGGGCUGCAUGAACCCCUGGACUGGGCGGAGGAGGAAGAGAAGAUGACCGUUUUCAAAGAGCAGUACAUCUAUUCUACCAUCAUCAAGACGGAGAUGGAGGAGAAGUCCAUGGUCAACUGGCUGAAUACCCUCCCGAUCCACGACUUUAGCGCGACCGCUCUGGGAAUGCAGUCCAAUGCCGGGGAACCAAAGGACGACUCUAAACGGGACAGCAGCGAUGGAGGAAAGAUCGACUCGGAUUGAAAUAGCGAAGGGAUCUACGGAGAGUAUCGGACUCUGUAACUAACCCAGGGGCCUUUCUGAGUCCGAAGCCUCGCAACUCAGCCGUGUCGCCGUGCUAAUUCACCGUGACCAGUUACUAAUGGUGGAAAGGAGCUGGGGAACGAUGAGAUUGUGUCACUGGUCGUUUCCACUGAAGUCGUUUGAUCCGGGAUACUUGAAAAUUCCUGCCUAAAUGCAAUGAUUAGAUUUGAGCUCCAGGAUCUCAGAAAUGAGACCUUUUAGAAUUUUAAUCCCAAUAAUAAACUGCCUAAAGUCUUAUUUCCAGAUCAAAA